UAGAAAACAUGUACAUAACUUAUUAAAAAUAAAUCAAGAAAUCGCAAUGGUUUUUGGGGCACUCCUCUUGACCGGCGCGUCCCUCACCGCUAGCGUGUUGGUGAUGCAAGUAGCUGUAUUACCGCUCAUGUUUAGAUACAGCAAGACUGUACAACGGAAAAUGGUGUUUUCUAAUUGCAUAAAUUACCCUAAAAACUUGGACUUCGACAAUCCGGCAAGUUGCAAUAUAAUGGGCGGUAGAAACUUUAGCAUCGAAUUUGAAUCAAAAGUCGAUAAUUGUCCGAUUAAAAUAGGAAUUUGGCACCUAGUACCAUGUACGGUGUUACGAGAAUUGCUCAGCACAACCAGCGAGUCGACUCUCUGUGACCGACUCCAUCGCGAAUUGCAAAACACAAGAAAUACUAUCGUACUUUAUUGUCAUGGAAAUUCAAACCACAGAGGGUCACCGCAUCGCCUACAAAUGUAUAAAGUGUUCCAAGAUCUGAACUAUCACGUCAUCACGUUCGAUUAUCGAGGUUACGGUGAUUCAACUCACAUCCGCCCAACAGAGAGAGGUGUGGUGGAAGAUGCUCUGAAAGUCUACGCGUGGCUCAUGGACGUCGUGGAUAAAGAGAAACGACCCAUGGUUGUUCUUUGGGGACACUCGCUGGGUACAGCAAUAGCGUCCAAUUUGGUGGCCAACAUCGAAGAGCUCUGCCGCAGUAACGACUACAAGUGUCUGCCAGCUCCAGAUGCGCUGGUCCUUGAGGCGCCUUUCAAUAAUCUGCUAGAAGAGAUUGAGAAACAUCCGUUUUCAAAGCUAGUAUCCUGGCUGCCAUACUACAAGCGCUCCUUCAUAAAGCCGUUCAGCAGCUCCGACGAGUUCUCGUUCACGACUGAUGAGUACUUGGCGAAGGUCCCUGGUCUUCCGGUCCUGAUGCUGCAUUCGAAGGGCGACAGGAUCGUGCCGUAUGAGCUUGCUGUUAAGCUGCACGAUUGUGUUGCGCGUUCUCGUGCGAACGGUGGGGCCCCGGUGCAGUUUCACGUAUUUGAUAGAGGCCACAAUGAUCUGUGUGAGGCCCCGGACUUGCCAGUGGUUGUAAGGGAUUUUCUACAGGUAGUAAAGGAGAGAGAAUGUGUAAAGAAACGUGGAAUAAAUAAAAUUUGAUUUUAACAUAAC